AUGAUGACAAUAAUCAAGAUCAGCAGAGACCACACACACACAAAUGAUGAGGAAGUUGAUGAUGAACAAGAUAAUGGUGACCUAGGUAAUGGUGAUCUAGCUAAUGGUGAUCUUGCUGUUGAUGUUUGGAGCCGGGCAAUAGCUCAGCUGCAAUAUUUAAUGUUAAUUUAAAAAUUUAUAAAGGCUUUGUCUCGAUUGGCACUAGUUAGUGCAUCUUCCAGCUUUAUAAAUAUAUCAUUUUAUACAUGCAUGGCCAUCAAUCACAACUUGCUAUCUACACUAGUUAAAUAGCUCUCAAAUCAGCUCAACAAAAUAUCUCUAACACCAAUUAUAUUAAGUUUAUAUAGAAGCCCUUUGUGACAUACUUUAUUGACUAACAUCCACAACCUUCAUAAAAUAAUUAAUUUUGCCUUCAGUUACAUGAAUAUUUGACAGAAUAAUAGUGGUUUGAAAAUAUGAGAUAUUUGUUGGGAGACAAGCACCAACUAUCAUCAAUAAAACUAUGACUACAGAAGUAUUUGUUGAAAGUUCAGCCUUUUCUUUGGCUAUGGUUGGUGUUUUGUUUCAAAAUAUUCAUUCAACAUCAAAUUUAUUCAUAUUCAACAAAAAUAUUCAUUCAACUUUAACAAAAAUAUUCAUUCAACUUCAACAAUUUUUUUUUAUUCAAGAACUCCAAUGGUGCUGUUUGGUGUCACAGUGUUACUCUGUUUCCACUGAAAAUUUCGAAAUAUUCAUAUUUAGCCCGCCCCGCCUGGCGCAUGCUCUGCAGGUUAACCACAUGCUCUACUAUGGUGUCUUUUUCAAAUGUGAGAAACGAACAGCAACUGUGGAGUAGGCUGGGGCGGUUCUUAGAAAAACCCCGAAAACUGUUAAGAAAUUGAAAAAACCAAAAAACCAGUUUUUUUAUUUGAAUUUGAGACAACUUUAAUUUUGACGAAUUAGAAUGUAACUAUAACUUUAUGUCCUGCCUUCCUUCUGUUAAUAAACUAUGGAUAUCCAAUUAGCGUUGCAUUAACCAAGCUAUGUUUACUGGCAAGCAAUAAAUGGACAAUGUAUUUACGGGUAAAUUUUGGCUAUGAACAAUUCAUAGUCGCUUUAUUGAAAAUGAUCAUAUAAAAAUCAAUAAUAACAUAUUUUAAUCAUCAGAAUAAUACUAGAGUUCAUUUUGAUUUAUAUAUUGAUGUUCAAUUGCCAUUAUAAUAUAAGUGUGAUAUAACAGACGAUUUGAUUGGCUAAUGCGUGUGAUGCAAUAAUGCACUGUGAUCUGUGGCACUGCUUUGCUCUUUCUCUUUUUUUUUCCCUCUUUAUCACUGCUUUUUAGCCAAAAUUAAACACAAAAUUAUAGAGCUUUUAAAAUACAAAAUUUACCAGAAAGCAAGAAGGAAUAAACCAAAGGAACAAAGCAAUUUUCUAUAGUUCUACUUAUAAAAUUAACCGGCUUGGCAUUCGUCGAAUUUGUUGUUGUCUCGACAAGUUUUGGGUAAAAAGCAUACAAAAUAGUUGAGAAAAAACCCUGAAAAAGAUACAGCUGGAAGACCAAAUACAUACAAAAAGGCAACAAAAACUGAAUAUAAGUGAUUUAGAAAGUACCUUCAAUUCUUCUGAUAAUAACUGCUAGAUAUUUUUUCGGCGAAAGACAAAAAUACAAUAAUUUCGAAAAUUAAAACUGAGUAAUAAACACGACGAAACCUACGAUUUACCCAUCUUUCACGGCAAAUCCAGCAGCCCAGAUGCUGAAAAACUUUGGCAAAUUAGUCUGUGUCACUGCUUUUUUAUUUCCACUAUUUUAAACAAUUUUUCCGAAUUUAUAGCAUCAAAAGUUUGUAUAUUGUUUUGGCAAUUUUGCUCCUUCGCUCGCUUAAAAAUUCAAGCGACAGUAAAAGCAUGCGCGUGACGUCACUGAGCAUGUUACGAGAAUUUCAACGUCGAUCUUUUGAGUAAAAUUGUUUACUAUGUAAUAUCUUCUACUUAUAUUAUAAAAGAAAUAGAAAAACUCGUCUCGUGCGUUUAUGGUGUGACAAUGCACUUGGGGAAUGUUGGGAGAAUACUCGAGAAGCGUGUAAAACACUCGGCUACGCCUCGUAUUUUACACGCUUCUCUCGUAUUCUCCCAACAUUCCCCACGUGCAUUAUCACACCAUAAACGCAUGCGACUCGUUCUCUAUUUCUUAAGUAAAGGUGGCAGGACUACACGCCAAAGACUUUGCAAUUCAUUUCCCAGUACGCAAAUGGAGUAAAUCAAUAUAAAAAGUCUCCCCACCCGAGGGAAAUGCAACGCCAAGGACUAUAAUAAUGUAUCCCAAUGGAAAGUCAGUGUAUCAUAUAAAAAUAAUAUUGGAUACACAAUAACAUUUGAUUUAGAAAAGACAGACGCCCCUGCGCACCGUUGAAAUUGAUAUAAAUUGAAAACAUUGUUCAGGAUGACUGUUUCCAACAGUGGUGAAACGACCGCCCAUGCUAGCUGCUUACGUAUAAAGUGUUUGUUGGUGACACAUUCAAUUGUUUGAAGACAGUGGCCCCUGCUCACCGUGCAAUAUUAUUUACAAUUGGAUAGCAUAGUAACAGUUGCCGCUGCUAACUGCCAAGUUAAAUAUAUAUGUAAGCUAUAAUAUGUAUUUGGGUAGAAAUAGUGUUAUCCGCCCCUGCUCAAUAACACCAUAAGCCAUAAUUGUAACCCUCCUCUAGACAUCACCCCACAAUGCUGUUUAAAAGAGGGUGCUAAAAUAAUAAUAAUAUUUAAUAUUUAUAUUGCGCAAAUUAACAUGUUAUAGCAUAUGAUCGAAUGCGCAUAUAAUAAUAUAGGUUAUGUCAUCAUAACCUAUAUAAUAAUAUAGGUUAUGUCAUAGUAAGCGUUUGAACGCGGAUGUACUUGUGAAAUGCAUUCGAUUUCCAACGACCCAGAAUGCAUAUCUGCACAUCGGACACCCCAUGUUCUGCCGCAAAUGAUGCUGCACCAAUUCUGAAACUAUGAGACUUGUAAACGGAAGGAUUGAGAUUUCAAAAUUUUAGACAGUCAUUCAGCUGUUUAGCAAACAUGUUUCUUGACACUGCCGCCCCUGCUGGAGUAAUGAAAAUAGGUCCAGAGGAAUUGCCACAACAUGGUUAAAUAACGACAUAACAGUUUUACUGGGCAGGGGCUAUGACUUGGUUGACGAUGACCAUGGAAAACGGCCGCUGGUUGUAAUUGUGUUUGUAGUCAGCAAAGGUUAAUUUAAAACCAAUUACUUCACCGUCUCUUAAGAGUUUGGUGAGCUGGUUCAAACAAGGAGGAAUAGGAGACUGCUUUGAUGUCGAUGUUAUCUCGCCAAUACGUAGAAAGGCAAAAAAUGCAAGACCACACUUAGCCUGAAAGCGGCAUUGGUCGUAUGAAGUGCCAAUACAGUGUGGGGCAGCCAUUAGUAGUCAGGUUAAAAUUGGGAGAGUGAUAGGUAACCGACUAUCUAAGCGAAAGCCAAGUUUUCCAUAGCCUUUUAACAUUUGUAUAAUAUAAAAUACCUUAGUAGGGUCAACCAAGUGCAAUGUUUGUGUGAAUAACCAAUCGCUGAAACAUAGGUGUUGAUAGUUGCAGGGGCGUAAUCCCGAUCAAACAUGUAAGCUAUGAAAAACGCUAAAGUGUGAGGUGAUGUAGGCAAUAUGUAAGAUGUACCAAAAACAUGAAUAUGGAAUUGGUCGAAAACUCUCCACGCUCACCUAUAUGUAGCGAUGGAGGAUUACCGCAGGCUUGACUGGGUUAGGAGGGAAAUAAUAUCCCCCAAUUUUGUGGCAGCAGAACUGGAGGGAUGUCCGUUGCGCAGGAAUUCAUCGAGGCUGGUGCCUCGCGCUUGAAGGUUUGAACCUGAAAGCGAGACAAGAGAUCGGCCAAACGAUUGUACAUCCCUGGAAUAUGUUUGGCUUUGAAUAAGAUAUUGUGUUGCAGGCAUACAAGGACAAGCUUAUCAACAAAUUGCAUCAAAGUUUUGUCCCUGUAUGAUUGCUUAUUGAUGACGUAAACCAGAGCCUCAUUGUCAGUGAAGAACAAAACACUGCGGUUUGCCAUCCCAUGACCCCACAAGCAUAAACUCAGUACAAUCGGAUAAAACUCUAGAAUUGCAAUGUUCUGAUGCCGCCAGGUAUCGGGCCAUAAACCAUAGCAGUAUUCUGAGCCAAAUAUUACACCGAAACCGAAACCAUCCGCAGCAUGCGUGAAUAAACUUAGUUGCUGAGAAUUGGCCCAUCGUUCGUCAAUAAAAAACGACCGGCCAUUAAAAUUGGCAAGAAACGUGAGCCAAACAUUUAAAUCCUCUUUUGACUCGCAAUUGAGCUUAAUGAAGUGAUGAGAUAAACGGAUGCUGUGGGUGAGGUCAAUUAAGUGACGCAAAAAUGCCCGUCCUGGGAUGAUGACAUAACAGGCGAAAUGUAUGAGGCCAGUUAAAGAUUGCAAAUUCUCUUAAUGCGAUUUUCUUAUGCUGUCGAAAUGCGGUGAUAAAAUCAGUACAUUUGCGUAAUUUAUCUAAAGGUAAACGCGCCUCAAGUUCUAUGGUAUCUAACUAAAUACCUGCAAAAGACAACAUCGUUGAUGGACUGCAUGUCUUUUCAGUGGCCAUAGGUAACCCAAUAAAAGCGCAAAAAUUGAGAAAUCAAUGUAACUAAGUCAAGCAGGAAUCAUAGGACGCAGCUACCACCAAAAAGUCAUCAAGCAAAUGUAGAAUAGCUGGUAUACUAAGCAUAUAUUAUCCAUCAUUGGAUUGCUCAAUAGAGACCCAAAAUCUAUAAAAUUAUCGUCCCAAAUCUUGUUCUUCAAUUUCGUGGAAACUCGAAAAUCAAGAGGUAAGGUUACCGAAUGGUAUGGUUGACCAGGCAAUGAGGGCAUAGCAGAGAAUGUCUCACCUGUAAUGGCUGAAUGGGCAGAAUGUAACGCUUGUUCGACGACAGCAGCACCAGGCAGUUGUGGAACCGUUGAAGUUGCGGCAGGAGUGACCACUGGAGCUUCAAUAACCUCACCGGAUUGCUCUGGUUGCGAGAGUGGUGUUAGGCGUCAAGUUACUUCAGCUGUUACGGUCGACACUAUUUGCCCAAGUAGCACAGGCGAAAUGGCAGAACUUGGUCCCGUUGAUGUUGUGGCAAAAUUGACUGGAGCCAUUGCAGGCAGUGUGGAUGUCGAGGCAGCACUACUGGGGCUGUUGGUGGCGAGCACUGUAGCGGUGGUGGCUGACGAACGACCCCUACAAGUGCGCCGGGAAGACAGUUGA